ACAAAUAUACAGAGCUUGGUGGAGUUAUUCAUAUAUUCUAUGAUAAUUCAACUCAACUAUACAUGUGCAGUUAUGGACAACUAGUAAUAGAAGUUCAUGGAUUCUAUAGGACAUGUUUAAACUAUAGAGGUAGAGGUUUUCAUCCUUUAUAAGGUUUCCUCUACAAAAGACUAACAGAAGGUUUUUACUUUUUUCCUUCAACAACAGGGAGCAUGAAAUUAUCAUCUUGGGGAAAGGGAUUGAUGCUUUGACAGGUAGUAUGAGACUAUUUGUAUAGUGUUGGUGUUAAGUCCUCAUACGAGAAGAUUAUUGAGAUGAUUAGUGAAGAUGAUAUUUUCUGCUCAGGAAGUGUAUAAGAAUACAGGCUUAUGCCAGUUCUGAGAACUGAGGUCGUCUGUUGUGGAGUAUCAAGCUUGCAACAGUCAGAAGGACCAGAGAUACACUAAAUAUCUGUAGUAAAGCUCAAUAUGUCAGCUAGAAGAGAUACGUCUGAUGCAGGUGCUGCUGAUUUGGAUGAUAAUAUUGAGGAUGAAAUUGACAAAAUUCUAGAUAUGUAUGAAUAUAUUAUGGAAAAAUUUCAAGAUUUUUUGAAAAAAGAGUUGAAAAGCUCAAAAAUCAUGAAGAAACAACAUCAAGAUCAAGAAAUAAGUUGCAUCAAUCCAGGUUCCAGAAUUUCAAGAAACAACAGAGAUAAUAUCCCUCUAUCAGUUGAAAACAAUAAAAAACUGAUGAAAAAGAGAGAAAAAUCGGUUGAAAUGAAAAAAUUGCAAAGUUUAGAUGGAGAGAAAAUUAUUACUGAUGAAAAGGAGAUUCAAGAUGAAGCCUUACUAUUCUAUAAUAAUCUAUUUAACAUUAAAUCUGAAUUAGCAGAUGAUGAAUUAGAGAGAAAAUCUGAAGAAUAU